AUGGCAGACAAGACGCCGAAGGAGCCCAGCGCUCGCGUUGCCACCAGGAUAGACCCGACGAAAGAGAGUCUCUCUCAGGAACAAAUGCACUUCAUCCGGCAGAUAGAGCUCGACCAGUGGAAGAAGAAAACACAGAAGUUGGGGACACGCAAUGUUGUGACGGGACUUGCCAUCGGAGCACUCGUUCUGGGUAUUUACGGCUACACGUUUUACUCCGUAUCUCAGGAGCGGAUCAUGGAUGAGAUGGACGCCGAGGCCAAGCGCGCAAGGGGGCAGGGACCGAAAACCGGUGCCAACUGAGACGCACACUGUUGGACGGUGCGUCCGUCCUGCAAUUAACUGAGAUGGGACUUAAUGUGGACUCUGAUUCCACUGAUUUCUAUUCCAUUGGUGGCUGCUGUUCUUCACGUUGAGACAGCGAUGGUCUUUGCUUUUGUCUGGAUUGUGAUGGUGACGUUUUGCUGCUGACGUAUAACUCGAUGUGUAUUGAUUUUUUAUUUUCCUGUCAGCGUGAAGGACUUGUCCGCUGGUCUCACGGGAAAGGCCCGACUGUAGAGUAAUUACAACCAUUUCCCAACAAGCGUCUGGCACCGAUCAUAUGAGGGUAAACAUCCUAAACUCCAGUCAGCUAAUAAUGUUAUAUCUACAGACCCCUUUCACCAAAACCUGUCUAUAAAGUCAUGAUUUGUAAAAUAAAUUUUGAAUGUAAAAUGUCA